CCUACUCCAAUGGACCAUAUCCAGCUUAUCUUCACUCAGGCAACCAUGGGACCGUCUAUCAGCCAUAUACCAUUCAGCCGAGUCCUCCUCCGCCUUCCUACAUUAUGGAGAGACGACCUGGAUAUAAGUUCCCGUUUUCGUUAUUUUCAAGUCGUGCUUCUACCAUCUUUGUCUUCCUUGUGCUGAUUGUUGUCGUUAUUGGACUUGGUCUAAUAACAGCAUAUAAAUUAAAUGCAUUUGGAGGAUCCUCUUCUGACAACUACAUGAUAAGAGAAAAAUGUUUUCCCAACAAGACCCUGUGCAAUGGGAUAUCUGAGUGUGCCAUGGGUGGAGAUGAGGCUGGAUGUGUGCGUUUUCGGUGGGACAAUUCACUGCUACAAGUCAUGUCACGUACACAGGAAAACGUGUGGCUGCCAGUAUGUUCUACAGGAACCAACAAUGAAUUUCCCUCACAUGUCUGCCAACGGUUUGGAUUCCAACAAACUCCAAAGACUGAGUUGGUGACCAUGAGUGACAAUUCAGCAAACAUUGGCCUUUUUAACGCCAGGACAUCUGACACCAUCCAAGGAAAUUUAGACAGUGGAACUUGUCCCAGUGGCCAGUAUUUGUCUCUAAGAUGUUCAGAUUGUGGGAAUCAGAAGUCUAGUAGUAGAAUUAUUGGGGGCACAACGUCCACUCUCGGAGAAUGGCCCUGGCAAAUCAGUUUACAAGUUCUUAAUGGAAAAGCAUACGCCCAUAUUUGUGGAGGAACUAUUAUCAACAGGAACUGGAUUGUGACAGCAUCCCACUGUUUCAGCACCUCUUUCCCGCUUACUUCUUACAUGAUAUUUACUGGCACAGUUGAUCUAAACCAAAUCCGCAGCCGUUCUGGUGUUUCGGCUAUUAUAAGACACGAGAACUAUAAUGCAGAUUCUGAUGAUUAUGAUGUAGCGCUGAUAAAACUGAAAAACCCUUUUAGCUAUUCAGCUUCCAUCCAGCCUGCCUGUCUUCCAAUGAUUAACCAAAACUUUAACCCCAACACCAAAUGCUGGAUCAGUGGAUUUGGUAAAACCGUUGCUGCAUCUGAGGACACUUCCAAUCUACUGAUGAAAGCUGAAGUGAGCAUCAUCUCCACCUCAAUCUGCAACAGUGCUUCUGUGUAUAAUGGAGCCAUCAGUCAACGAAUGAUGUGUGCUGGAGAUCUGAGAGGAGGGACGGAUUCUUGCCAGGGGGACAGUGGAGGACCAUUGGUGUGUUUGCAGGAGAACCGUUGGUAUUUGGCUGGUGUGACAAGUUGGGGAACUGGCUGUGGGCAGCCCAAUAAACCAGGAGUGUACACUCGUGUUACUGAAAUUCUUUCCUGGGUAUACAACAAGAUGGAGCUGGAGAGGAAUCGGUGACCUACUUUAUGGAAGAUUAACAGAAUGCAUCUUCACCGUGACUCUACAGAACAAGCACACUACUGAAGGAGGAUGAUGGGGAGUUCUGAAUACACUAUGGAGUAUUAGUGACAUUGCACACAUUGCAGCAUUACGGUGCUGAAAGUGUCAGUGAUAUGCCAUUCAGAGGAACCUGCCUUGUGAUUCUUGGCUAAUAAUCCUAGCAGUAAAAGAUACCUGAUUAUAUUAAGACCUUCUUAAGGGCCU